AUGGAGAGUUUUGGUAAUGCUAAAACCAAUAGAAAUGAUAAUUCUAGUAGAUUUGGUAAAUAUAUGGAUAUACAGUUUGAUUAUAAGGGUGCUCCUGUUGGUGGUCACAUAUUAAAUUAUUUGUUGGAAAAGUCCCGUGUUGUCCACCAGGGUCAGGGAGAGAGAAAUUUUCAUAUAUUUUAUCAGUUGUUACAAGGUGGUAGUCCCAGUUUAUUAGAGAAAUUAAGAUUAGAUAGAGGUUCUGAUGGCUAUUUCUAUCUUAAUCAGGGUAAUUGUAGUGGUGAAGUGCUCCAUGAUGAUCAAAAUUCUAUAUAUUUUAUUUGUAGGGGUAAUUGUAGUGGUGAAGUGCUCCAUGAUGAUCAAAAUUCUAUAUAUUUUAUUUGUAGGGGUAAUUGUAGUGGUGAAGUUCUCCAUGAUGAUCAAUAUUCUAUAUAUUUUAUUUGUAGGGGUAAUUGUAGUGGUGAAGUGCUCCAUGAUGAUCAAAAUUCUAUAUAUUUUAUUUGUAGGGGUAAUUGUAGUGGUGAAGUUCUCCAUGAUGAUCAAUAUUCUAUAUAUUUUAUUUGUAGGGGUAAUUGUAGUGGUGAAGUGCUCCAUGAUGAUCAAAAUUCUAUAUAUUUUAUUUGUAGGGGUAAUUGUAGUGGUGAAGUGCUCCAUGAUGAUCAGAAUUUUCGAAUUGUACAUGAAGCAAUGGAAACUUGUGAUUUCUCUCCUGAGGAACAACAGGCUUUAUACAGUAUAGUAGCUUCUGUAUUACAUCUUGGAAACUUAACUUACAGUGUUACUGAUCAGGGUAUGGCUAGAUUAAAAGAUCAUUCACAGGGUCAACUAAUAGCACAGUUACUUGGAUGUCAAGAAAAAACUUUUGAAUCAGCUUUAGAAAAUAGAACUAUAGAUGCUAGAGGAGAAAAGUUAAAAACACCAUUAAAUGUAGACCAAGCUAUGUACGCAAGAGAUGCACUAGCUAAGGGUAUUUAUGAUCGUCUUUUUACAUGGAUGGUACAGAAAAUAAAUCAAGCUCUGGCUAAGAAGUGGGAACCUGUGCAAUAUUUUAAUAAUAAGAUUAUCUGUGAUGUAGUAGAAGGUAAACCAAUGGGUAUAAUAGCCAUAUUGGAUGAAGAAUGUUUACGACCUGGUGAACCGUCAGAUGAAACAUUUUUAGAGAAAUUAUCUGAAACAAUUGGUCAACAUCCUCAUUUUAUAAGUCACCGUAUAGCAUCGUCUAGUACUAGAAAAACCAUAGGGAGAGAUGAAUUUCGAUUAAUUCACUAUGCAGGAGAUGUCACCUAUAAUGUAAAAGGAUUUUUAGAUAAGAAUAAUGAUCUCUUAUUUAGAGAUCUGAAAGAGGCGAUGAGUCAGACCUCUAAUAUAAUCACAUCACAAUGUUUUCCUGCAGAUGAAUUAUUGAGUAAAAAACGACCUGAAACAGCUGCUACUCAGUUUAAAGCUAGUUUAUCACAGUUAAUGGAUAUAUUGAUGUCUAAAGAACCAUCAUAUGUUCGAUGUAUUAAACCUAACGAAUAUAAACGACCAGGUGUAUUUGAUGAGAAGAUAGUAACACAUCAAGUUAAAUAUCUUGGUUUAAUGGAGAACUUGAGAGUUAGAAGAGCUGGGUUUGCUUAUAGAAGACCCUAUGAUGUCUUCUUACGAAGAUAUAAAUGUUUGUGUCCAUCAACAUGGCCAAGUUACAGUGGUACUUCUAAACAAGGUACAGAAGAAUUAGUGAAAUAUUUAAAUUAUGAUCAUGAUGAUUAUAGAAUGGGCAAAACAAAACUGUUCAUAAGAUUUCCAAGAGUUUUAUUUGCUACUGAAGAUGCAUUUCAAUUGAAGAAACAUGAUAUAGCAACUUGUAUACAAGCAAGAUAUAAGGGAUUUGCCCAGAAGAAGAAGUACCUUCGAAUGAGAAUAUCUGCUAUAAUUGUUCAAUGCCAUUGGAGAAGAUUUGCAGCAAAGAAAGUUCUAGAAAGAAGAAAACAAGCUGUUAAAGUGAUAAGAAAGUUUAUCAAGGGCUUUAUGUACAGAAAGCAGCCAGCCUGUGAUGAGAAUAGGGAAUUUAUUAAAUACACCAAAUGGAAUUUCUUAACUUCUCUUAAAAAUGAAUUACCAAAAACAGUCCUGGAUAAAAGAUGGCCAAAAGCUCCUGAAUUGUUGGAACAGACAUCUGAACAUCUAAGAAAGUUGUGUAUGAAGAAUCUGGUUUUAAGGUACACCAAAAACAUAUUGCCUGGUAGAAAGAUACAACUAGAACAGAAAGUUAUAGCUGAAAAUCUGUUUAAAGGAAAGAAAGAAUCAUAUAAAUUUAGUGUCAAAGAUCUUUUCAUUGAUAGUCGCUUAGCUGCCCAUCAUGAUGCAUUAAAACAUAGUGUAUUUGAUACAUCAGUUAAACAAUUUGAUGAAAAAGUGAUUUAUUCAUCUGCGGUAACUAAAUAUGAUCGUCAUGGUUACAAAGCUAGAAAUAGAGUUAUGAUAGUAACAGAUAAAAAUAUCUAUGUUUUAAAUGAAAAAGAUUUUAAAAUCAAAGACAAAGUGGCGUUUAAUCUCCUUAAUGGAAUAAUAGUCAGUCCGUAUACAGAUGGAUUAUUUGUCAUCACUAUCAAUAUUACAGAUAAUGGAACUAAGUCUGAUGAUGAAGAAUUAAAAGAGGAUGAUAGUGGGAAGGGCGAUUUGAUAUUACAAAGUGAUUAUGUGAUAGAAGCUGUCACUAAAAUUGCUAUUGCUGGUCAUAAACAAGAUGUAGUUAAAGUUGCUGCGGAUGGCAACAUCAACCAUGAUAUGUUAAGUGGUAAACAAGGGUUAAUAGAAUUCAGUAAAGGACCAAAUUACAAUAUUAGAAAAGGCAAAAAUGGCCAGCUGUGUGUUAUGGCUCCACCAUUAUCAUAAAGCUGGUAAAGAAGAACAUAUAAAAAAGUGCUUUGACAAUACAUUCCAAACAUCAUAUCAUCCCUUACAGACCAAAAUUCAAAUAUCAAAUACUGGUAUAUAUCAUUGAGAAACAUUCCACAGUAACUAAUGUUUACUAAACAGAGAAGGCAUAUAUCAACAUCACAACAGCUCCCUUAUCUGUAUCCAUUUUCAGUGGCGGCGCCAUCCUUCCAAGACUGGGGGUACAAAUAGGGGGCAGACUGACUCAAUGGGUGGGACAACAGUGAGGCUGAAUUCAAAUUUUUACUACUCUGUGGUGGUGUGAUAGUCGCAAGUCUCUCAUAGAGCGUCAUAGAGGGUUCUCUCAAGAAAAUUUUAGAAAAAAUGAAUUGAUUUUGUGCAUUCUGACACAUAUUUUGGAGAAAAGAUAAACAUUAAGAUUUGUUGAAAUUAAAGUAGGGGUACAAUUGGGGGUGCAAACUACUUUUCUAGGGGGGCAAAUGCCUCCCCUGUACCUCCACUGGCGCCGCCACUGUCCAUUUUACACAAAAUUUAAUAAAAAUAUCCUAUGUUUUAUGUACAUCAUCUUCAAAGGUUUUCAUAAUAGUGUAAACAACUUAACAACAAAAUAUAAUGAAUGAUUUUAAUGACUAGCUAAAGGCAGAGUGAUUUAGCAAAUUCACAAGCAGUUGUGAGGUACAUGCAGUACUCUUAACCGACAUACGCAACUUGUAAUGGCUAUGGUCUGAGGGUAUUUUAUCUUGUAUAUUGAUAUUUAUGGAGACAUUGUGGAUAUAUCUCACUUUUUGUUUCGUAUGAGGAGAUAUCACCAUUGUCAGUUGCACCUAAAAUGACACAGAUACAGCUUUAUGGGACAACUUUCACUGGGUAAAGUUUACGUUUCUCCUGUCAUCCUCACACAUAUAACUCUGUCAAUAU